GCGGCUUGGGUGAAGCCGCAAGGGGGGGACAAAGGGCUGUGGGGCUUGGUGAACAACGCCGGCAUCUCCCUUCCCGUGGCCCCCAACGAGUGGCUGACCAAGGACGACUUCCUCACGGUGCUGAACGGGAACCUGCUCGGCCUCAUCGAGGGGACCCUCAGCCUCCUGCCCCUGGUGAAGCGAGCCAGGGGCCGGGUCGUCAAUGUAGCCAGCGUGAUGGGCCGCCUGUCCGUCUUCGGAGGGGGCUACUGCCCUUCUAAGUACGGCGUGGAGGCGUUCUCCGACAGCCUCCGGCGGGAGAUGCUGCCCUUCGGGGUGAAGGUGUGUAUGAUCGAGCCAGGCUAUUUCCGCACCGCGAUCACCAACGCCAAGCUUGUCACGGAGAACUUCACUCGCCUCUGGGAGCAGCUUCCGGAGGAAACCAAAGCGAGUUACGGGGAGAUUUUCUUGCAAGGCUUUAUCAGUAGCACCCACGACAUGCAGAAAGCCUGCAACACCGACCUGUCCAUCGUGACCGGCUGCAUGACGCACGCGCUGACAGCCCGUCACCCCCGCACCCGCUACUCGGCUGGCUGGGACGCCAAGCUGAUCUACCUCCCGCUGAGUUACCUGCCCACCUCCUUCGCCGACUUCGUGCUGUCGUGGUCCUACCCGCCUGUGGCCCAGAAAGCCACGUAGGCGCAUGUGGCGGGGCUCCGCACAGCGCCCGGAGAAGGGUGCGUAAAAGUAGAAAGUUAUAUUGUACGAGAAAGAUGAAUUAUAUUGUAAUAAUUGAAUAAGUUGGAGGAAUACUGUUUGUCUCCGAACAGGAAAGAGAUGAUUAUGUUUGUAGGUAUGCGGAUCAGAAUGAAACCAGGUGUCCCUGGGAUGACAGGAAAAGGAACAUUAGGUGUUAGGUAGAAAGUAAUUGAGGUAGCCAGAGAGAUAUGGACAGGAGCUUGCUGUGUGCUUGAUGUGGAAAUGAAGAUACUUGACUAGUCUCAUCCUGAUCAUGUGAAGUUUUGCCACCUUUUAA